GAUGUUAGCGUUACUACAAAACGUAUAAACUCACUUAAAAACUUUGUCUUGCCUAUUCCGGAAGCUAAAGAUGCCACUGAGUCGAUACGAGAGAGGCUGAUAAAGUCGAAAUUUAUUACUCCCGAAACAGAAUAUACUCAAAAACAGACAUGGGAGAUAUUUUUGUCAAAGUCAUGCGAAUUGCUUGUCGAACCUUUUUCAUCUAGUCAAGCUCAGUGUGAACGCUCUCAGGCAACGCAUGAAAAUUCUGAGUCUCACAUACUUCCAGAGUUGUACCAAUGGGAGAAAGUCCUGGUGGAGCUUAUCUUAAUUUGGGGGGUUAUCCCAUACUUCGAAGUAAACAUUCCUUUUAGCAGAGGCAAGCAAUUUGAGGCAAUUUCAUCUAUGAGGCCGUCUCACCUGUUUCCAAAGAAUGAACCCGAGCUCUUUUUUUUGUGUUCUAACACGUUGUUGGAGGUGUUUGAAAAGGACAGAAACUUUGCAAAUUUGGUCAUUGUACCGUAUUUUAUGAUAGACGUCUGGAUGGCUGUCUUUCAUCUAGCCUUUUCCCCUACUUUGAAAAAUCUUGUUUCUUCUGAAGCGAGUGAAAAAUAUAGAGCGGUUUAUACUCGCAUGCUGCAUGGUGACCUGAUGGUUUCUACAGAUAUAUUGUGUCGAUGUACUGUAUCCCUAUUAGCAUGUGGACAAUCGUCAAAAAUUCAAUGGCUCAUCAAUGAAGCUUCAAAGACGAUUACAAAACUUCUUUGCCAUCCUAAUCAAACAGGAUUUUUCUCGACGCUUUUGGCAUUCUUGUUUUCUGAGCCUAACGAUCGAACGCUGAGACAAAUAGCUCAGUCUAUAAGCAAGAUACCAAAAGAUGAGAGCGCUGAUACAUAUUGGAGGUGCAUCUCUCCACAAAUGAUUAACACUUUACACAUGAAGGACCACGCUGGAUCAUCUGAGAAGUACAGACAAGUGGUUGCCUAUAUAUUCUCCAACAUGUUAACAAGCAGUCGCCCGCUGGCUGUUGAGCUUGUAUUGCUUCCUGUUACCUGUGCCACGUUCGCACCUUUUGUCAUUUUAUUCAAAUUGAAUUUGGUGCAAGGCAGUGCAGCUCGUCUGUACCAGCUCUUGGAGAACCAGAGGAGGCGCUGCGGAGCGGAAGAAGAACAUAAGAAAAAGCCCUCUAUUGUAGAAGUUCAGGACCCUUCUCUUCAUGCGAGCCGACUAAUAGGCAACGAUAGAGAUUUUUUUUCGAAGUUGGCGCCUAAUUUCGAGAAAAAGGCCUCAAGCAUCACUCAGUUAGAGAAAAUUGCGGAGUUAUGGAAAGAUAAUUCCGUGAAAUCUUGGGUUGACCGUUUUAUUGGUUUUCAGGAUGGUCAAGUUAUAAUGAGUACAGACAUGAUUAUUCGCUGUUUGAAAGAUCUGUCGCUGCUAUGUCUGUCGACACCUUGCGUACAGGAUUUUUCGCCUGUCAUACCUGUCUUGUUUGAAAUAUGGUGUCUGAGUUCUUCUUGUUUAGAAACGGCUUCGAAAAAUACCGCUUCAAUACUCGGCGUAAGGGACUCCGCACAGCUGCUUUUAGAGAAAUAUUUUUCAAUGGUAGACAAAGACGUCGCUAUCGAGCAGCUGAUUUACUUAUGCGUCCAAGACGAGAUAGACUGGAAUAGGCUUUGUGUCAAUUAUGGCUACGCCGAACGGAAGGGUAAGCAUUGUACGGUGCCAGGAUUUCGACUUUGUUUUACAGAAAAGAACGAGCUCGUGUUGAUGUCAAGCGAUUUCAAUCCUUCUGAAACUUGCACUCGGGAUUCCCUUACUAAACCCCGUUACAUGACGGAAUUCUUGAAGUUGAUAGAUAGAGGAGAGGAUCAAGACAGAAGCGCCAGCCGUAACUUGGCAGGCUGUUUGUUUCUGUAUCUUUUAGAGCAAGUUUUGCUUACUUCUAGUAUACUUGCUUCUCUUUCUUCGUUGGAUUCAGGUUUUGACAGUUUGGAGCGUCUGAACAAUGCAAUAGCUUUGGCAUCUCAACACUACAUCGUCGUGACAAAAUUUGUGCUGUAUAUGGCUGAAUCCUUGGGCGCGCGUGUGCUGCGCGAUGCGAUCCAGAUUUGCUUGUUUUUGAAGAACAUGCUGCAAUCAGAAUCUGAGGAGAUUCUGCUUUUGUCGCUGGCCAUACUAGAACAGGUCGUGUCUGGGAGUCUAUUGUCAAAAGAGGAGGCUUCGAUUUUGCUGGUAGAUUUAGUGACUACGCUGAGAGUUCUGUCGCACCACGACAAUCGACAAAUAGCCACCUCCGCAAACUCGCUUCGAGCCAGCAUUUUAGAAGACUGCGAAAUGCAGGCGUCACCCAAAGGGGAUUCGAAAGAAAAAAGUACACAAAAAGACCCAAAAGAUCCGUUGAACCCGCCAAAGAGAAAAUGGGUUGAAAGGCCGCAUAUAGAAACGCUGGAUGAAGCGUUGAGCAGUAUUAUGAAUCCGGUUCCUCCUAUUCGAGCAGGUGGUCUCAUAUCCUUGCGCAGAUUGCUAUUGCUGGAGGAUCCUGAGACGAUUAGCCGUUUACAGGAAGUCAUGGACACAUUUUACAAGCAUUUGAGCAACGAGGAUUCGUACGUUUAUUUGAGCGCUAUACAGGGCUUGGCGGCUGUGGCCGACGUGUCAUUUGACCUGGCAUUUCCGCUAUUAAGUGGUCAAUACGUCAAUUACGCCAAGCCCCUUGAAUUACGGUUGAGUGUUGGCGAGGCGUUGCUGCAGGUCGCACGGAGAUUGGGACAAUGUUUGGUGAAAUAUCGAGAGGAGUUCAUACAUUUAUUCAUGACCAGCGUGCACAAGGACCCCGAGCCAUUGAUGCGCGCGAGCGCGUUGGCUGACUUGGCGGAGACGUGCGAACUGUUGAAGUAUGGGCUGUUGCCCUUCAUUGAGGAAAUAAUGGCCACGAUGUACGAGCUGAUAGUGGUCGAAAAGGAUGAACACGUAAGGAGAGGUGGAGUUUACUUGCUUACCCGGCUGUUCAAGGGGCUUUCGGAGGAUAUUUUGAAGGUGAUUCCGGGGCAUCUGAAGAGACUAAAAAGUGUAUUAGCUUUGGUCGAGUUGGAAGACAAAGACGUUGUGACCAGAGAGCAUGCGAGAUUGGCUUUGUUAGAGCUAGAGCACAGCUUAAAUAUUGCCGUUGCCUCCAAUAUUGAAAACGAUGAACGAAAAGAGUUUUUGGAUCCGCAGGGGUUUUAUUCGUCACUGAACAUUUUUAAGCAGUAAAGAUUAUAGUACAGAAUUUUUCAAGAAUGUGGCGGAACGACGUCUUGCUUUUUGUCUGGUGGGGGAGGGGGGUCGUAUUUGCCUGAGAGGUCCAGAGGCUCCAUGAGAGCUUCUAUUUCGGAUAUGGUGGCGUUCCAGUCCGUGGUUGGGAUGGCCAGGUAGUGUUCGUAAUCUUUUUCAGACGUGGGUACUGCGGUAUCUUCACAUUUGAAGUUCGUCACAGUUUCGAUGAUUAAUUUUUUCUUUGAGGAUGGUCCCUUUUCGAGUCGCGCGAGAGUGUUUCUUACGCGAUCGAUGAAUGAUCUUUUGGCCUCAUGAGGCCAAGAGGGAUUGUUGUAAACAGACGAUACAGCGUUUCGAAUGAUGGGGUUCAGCAGAUCUUCGCGUGAUAUCCAAUAAUUGAUGUCUGGAUAGUAGAACAUAUUUGGGUCGUUUUUCAGCCUUUCAAACUCUUGCAUUCUUCUCUCUCUGGCUUUGGAUUGCGUUUCCAUUCUUUUUUGGAAGAAGGCACGUCUUUUUUCCAACGUCUUUGUUCUUUUGAGUUCCGCGCGCCGAGUUUUGCGAAUUUGGGCAAGUUUGUACUUUUGCCUCUCGGCGAAAAUACGUUCGAAGAUUUCUGUGGCGCACUGGGACAGACCGAGCUUUGAGCUGACGAUGUAUUGAUUGAUGGUGCUGUAGGUUUGUUCUGUGCCCGACAAGAUACGGUGAAUGCUUUUGAUCUGAGCAGAACUAAGGCUUCCCAAAUGUCCCAGAACGCUUUUUUCUGUGUCGAUGUGGUUGUCCGGUUCAUCAGGGGAUUCAGAAGGGCUGGAUUGAUCCAUGAUCUUUUUCAGGAGGAUUUCGUUGUUUGAAAGUCCGGGCUCGUGAGUGACCGACUCAUUGACGUCAUUUUUUGCAAAAGGUUCUUGAUCGUGAUCAUCCGCAAAAAUGAUUUCCUCGUAAUCCAAAGUGUACUCGGAUUCCUUCAAUAUCAGAUCCUCUCCUUCUGUGUCAAGAAGUCUAUAGUCCGAUUGAAUAGUGCGCAAAGGACGGCCCUUCUUUGCAUAUCUUGGCGACUCUUUCCGAUAGUGAGAAGCUAUGUAUUUGGUCGUGUUUCGAAUUACUUCGUUCUCUUUGGCCACCGAUUCAUCAAAUGUUUCGGAUGGCGCAUCGCUUAUCGGCGGGACUUUGUAUAUGCUGUUAUCUUCUUCGCCUUCCUCCAUCUCAUCACCUUCUGGCUCGAACUCUUCUUCCUCCUCUUGAUCUUCUUCUUCUGGCAUUUCGCUAUCUACUACUGCACCGUCUGUCAGCGGUUGGGGCGCUCCCUCUAGCGCGUCUUUUUGCAUUUGGAGUUUGUCCAAAAUGUUUUUCUCGUUCUCAGACAAUCUCUGGCCAGGCAUCGCCACACUACCUUGCUCAAGGCGUUCUAGCGGAGAUGACGUGCUGUUCGGGACAUUUGGAUCCCCCAACCCAAAAGGACGGGUCAAAAUGCGAGCCGAUCUGUCCGCAUCCGCCUUGCUGCGGUUCUUUGCCGUAGGUUUGACGCCAUCAAAAUUUCUGAAAUUCGGCCUGAAGCAUCAAUAAGUUUUUUUUCCUUUCAGCUAACCCAGCAAGAAUGCAGACCUCGCGUUCGCGAAACUCAUUCACGACGCCUGAUAAAAAAAAGAAUCUUGACGAACCUCUGAACCUUAGGCACGGUAUUCAACUUGUGCUUCCAAUCUCUGCCAGACGAACACGCUCGCGCGUUGCUCAACCUUAAGAUGCUGUCUCUCCUUCCACUGGACGCGACAAGGUGCCGAGGCACCGCCAAAAAGCCGAAGUUUUGAAAACAGCUAAUCAUGAUCGCGACCGGCCCCUCUGUCGUACACCGAAGGCGCUCGGUAAAAGCUGCCGAGAAGUUUGUGUCAUCAACGCGAAUGGGCCAAAAAUAAAAACGCAUUUUUUUUCCUU